AUGACGGCUAUCGGCAUCGACUUGGGCACCACCUACAGCUGCGUGGGCGUCUGGCAGCACGAUAGAGUCGAGAUCAUCCCCAAUGAUCAGGGCAACCGCACCACCCCCUCCUACGUCGCCUUCACCGACACCGAGCGCCUGGUGGGCGACGCGGCCAAGAACCAGUCGGCCAUGAACCCCGCCAACACGGUGUUCGACUCCAAGCGCCUCAUCGGCCGCAAGUUCUCCGACCCCGCCGUUAAGGACGACAUGUCUCACUGGCCCUUCAAGGUGGUGGCGGGCCCCGCAGACAAGCCCAUGAUCGACGUGGAGUUCAAGGGCGAGCGCAAGCGCUUCUCGGCGGAGGAGAUCUCCUCCAUGGUGCUGGCCAAGAUGAAGGAGACGGCGGAGACGUACCUGGGGAAGAAGGUCACCAAGGCAGUCAUCACCGUGCCCGCCUACUUCAACGACUCGCAGCGCCAGGCCACCAAGGAUGCGGGCGCCAUUGCGGGCCUGGAAGUGCUGCGCAUCAUCAACGAGCCCACCGCCGCCGCCAUCGCCUACGGCCUGGACAAGCGCAGCAAGGGCGCCAAGCACGCGGAGCACAAUGUGUUGAUCUUCGACCUGGGCGGUGGCACCUUUGAUGUCUCCCUGCUGUCGAUUGAUGAGGGCAUCUUCGAGGUCAAGGCGACCGCGGGCGACACGCACCUGGGCGGCGAGGACUUCGACUCCCGCAUGGUGGCGCACUUUGUGCAGGAGUUCAAGCGCAAGUACAAGAAGGACGUGUCGGCCAACGCGCGCGCGCUGCGCCGCCUGCGCACCGCGUGCGAGCGCGCCAAGCGCACCCUCUCCUCCUCCACCCAAGCCUCCAUCGAGAUCGACUCGCUGUACGAGGGCGUCGACUUCUACUCCUCCAUCACCCGCGCCCGCUUCGAGGAGCUCAACAUGGACCUGUUCCGCAAGUGCAUGGAGCCCGUGGAGCGCGUGCUGUCGGACGCCAAGAUGGACAAGGGCUCCAUCCACGACGUGGUGCUGGUGGGAGGCUCCACCCGCAUCCCCAAGGUCCAGCAGAUGCUGCAGGACUUCUUCCACGGCAAGGACCUGUGCAAGAGCAUCAACCCUGACGAGGCGGUGGCCUACGGCGCCGCCGUGCAGGCCGCCAUCCUGACGGGCGAGACGCACGAGAGCGUGCAGGACCUGCUGCUGCUGGACGUCACGCCGCUCAGCCUGGGCCUGGAGACGGCGGGCGGCGUGAUGACGGUGCUGAUCCCGCGCAACACCACCGUGCCCACCAAGAAGGAGCAGGUCUUCUCCACAUACUCCGACAACCAGCCCGCAGUGCUCAUCCAGGUGUACGAGGGUGAGCGAGCCCAGACCCGCAACAACAACCUGCUGGGCAAGUUUGAGCUGACGGGCAUCCCGCCCGCGCCGCGCGGCGUGCCCCAGAUCAGCGUCACCUUUGACAUCGACGCCAAUGGCAUCCUGAACGUGUCUGCCGAGGACAAGACCACCGGCAAGAAGAACAAGAUCACUAUCACCAACGACAAGGGGCGCCUUAGCAAGGACGAGAUCGAGCGCAUGGUGGCGGACGCUGAGCGGUACAAGGCGGAGGACGAGGCGGCGCGGCGCAAGGUGGAGGCCAAGAACGGGCUGGAGAACUACGCCUUUUCGGUGCGCAACACGCUGCGGGACGAGGCGGUGGCGCCCAAGCUUGAUGCCGGCGACAAGGAGCGGCUGGAGCGGGCGGUGAAUGAGGCUUUGGACUGGAUGGACCACAACCAGCUGGCUGAGGAGGAGGAGUUUGAGGCUAAGCGCAAGGAGCUGGAGGAGCAGGCCUCCCCCGUCUUUGCCAAGCUCUACUCGGCCGGCGGCGCGCCCGGCGGCAUGCCCGGCGGCAUGCCCGGCGGCAUGCCCGACAUGGGUGCUGGCGCCGGGGCGCGCCAGGGCCCCACCGUGGAGGAGGUGGAUUAAUCAGGCAGCCGUGGACUGCGCUGCCCACCUGGCAGCUGCCGAGCCAUUGAUGCAGCGGCACUGUGCACAAGCUCGACGCUGCCGCUGCGUUCAGUUGUAUGUACGCGCUGUUUUGGAGUGCGGCACAAGGGCCCACUUGUAUGCAUGCACAAAAUAGAAACACCAUCCCUGCUUUGAGCCCAACCGUCUCUCCCCUUUCAAUGAACCCGCCCUCAGCACAAGGCCCCUACUCUCUUGAUUUCGUACUGCCGUCAGCAUUUCAUACUUGCUGGGGUGCACCGAGCACACCCCUUCUGCAUUCUGUUUUUUCGUCAGCUGCUGCUGCUGUAAACCAGCUCACAAG